CGGGCCGUCACCGGCGGCGGGCGCGCGAGGUGAGGUGUCCUCCUCCGGGAACUCAUCUCGCCCGUACUGCUCAAGGCUAGUUACGCUUUUCUUUGGAGGCCGCCUCGAUCGCCGGAUCCUCUAUUGUGAUCAGAUUAACCCAUGGUUAGAUUAACCCUGAGGUUUUCGCCGGGGCAUCGUGUUCGCUUCCGUAUCGGUUCUGAGUCGAAGAAACCCUUUCCAUAUCCAUGUACAGCCCCCGGCUCGCAACUCGAUCGAUUGAGUCGCCCAAGAAUUAAUUCGGCGUCUGAUACUGACUCGAAUCCAUCUCGCCGAGUUAAUAUAUACCGCCGCCGCUGCCGCCGCGAGUCGCUGCGUGCAAGCCCUAGAAGAAGAAAAUCCCUGUGAUCGCGGCGUCCAACAACGUCAACAACAGGCAAGGGAAAGGGAUCGCGCGGGCAGAGAUCAGCCAUGAGGAUCAAGACAGGGAUGGAUGUGGAGGCGUGGAUCAAGGACGCCGCGACCAACAAGAGCGCAUGGCGCGCCGGCAAGGUGAUUCAGGGCAACGGCCACACGUACACCAUUAAGUGGUUCGAUGGAGGCCCCGACACCGCGGGCAUCAAGAGGAAGUUCGUCCGGCCGAGCCCCAAACCCGAUGUCCAGCUGCCCAAGGACCUUGCUGCCGGCGACAUUGUGGAACUCUUCGACAGCAAUAUGUGGAAGUGGGUCGAGGUCGUGCGCGUCGGCGACCGCCAGUUGGACGUCAAGUUCGUCGACUCCACCAAUGUCUUUACGGCGGACAGGAGCCUUCUCCGGCCCCGACUGCUGUAUGGGGAGGAAGGCUGGGCCUUGACCCACAAGGAUGACCAAAUCCCCAUCGAAAGCGCCGUGCCGUCGCGCCCCAUCGCCGGUAAAAGCAUCAAGCGCAAAGCCACUGGCCCUGGGAUUGUCAACGGUGCCUUCAAGAGGAGCAACUGCACGGUGGACUCCAACAUCGUCAGGGAUGUCAAGAGAUUUCAGGGGGACGCCAACAAGCUCUUUCCCAAGCGAGAAGCACCGGCAGGUAGAUACAAUAACAACAUUGAAGUGAUGGAUGUACACCCAAGCCAUUGCAUCAAGAAGCGGGAGGAGACGGGCUACAAUGCAGAUAUUUUCUUGGCUCGAAGAACAGACUGCGACAAAGACAAUGGUGUUAGAAAGUCUGAUACAUCGUCAUCUACCAGCGACAGCAGUAGUAGCUGUAGCAGCGGAAGCAACAACAGAGGCGAUGAUUGCGCAGAUUACGCCACCGUCGAGCAUUGCCAAGAAGGUCAAGAACCGGACAUUAUGCUGCUGCCGAGGUGCAAUGAAGAGGAGCAAGGUUCUGACAACAGGAGAUUGCAGCACUACCAGGCAAACGAGGUACAGGGGGUGAUGAAACAAGAAGAGCAAAAUGACCGUGUCCAUGCUCGGGAGCUGGAGGCAUACCUGAGUGUCAUGAAGGCCUUCCACGCCACAGGAUCGCUGACCUGGGCCAAGACGGGGCUGCUGUCCGACCUCCGCCUGCAGCUCCAUGUCUCCAGCGACGAGCACCUGCAGAUCAUAUGGAGCUUGAACGGGAAGAAGAAACCUGCAGACGGACCACGCAAUGGCAGUUCAGUUUGUCAAUAGAAUCCGGCCAUGUGAUAGAUUCUUGUAUUGUGUUUUAAUUUGAACUAUGUUAUAUUUAUGAUUUAAUUUGAACUAUAUUUGCUAUGUUAUGUUAGAUGGAAGACGG